AGAGUGUUCGCGGAUACGACUAUUGAAAAUAUUAAAAUUUAAUAAUUUGCGUAAAAUCGCGAUAAAGAAGCAUCGGACAAUUAAAAGUCAAGUUAAUUCAAUUAUUUAACAGGAGUAUAUAGAGGAACAGCACGAUGGCUUCCUUUCAAAUCACGAAUUUAUUGGAAAAAAUGACUUCCAAUGACAAGGAUUUUCGAUUUAUGGCGACAAAUGAUUUAAUGAGUGAAUUACAAAAGGACAGCAUAAAGUUGGAUGAUGAGUCUGAGAAGAAAGUCGUUAAAGCUGUAUUGAGAUUACUGGAAGAUAAGAAUGGAGAAGUUCAAAAUUUGGCUGUCAAAUGUCUCGGUCCGUUGGUCAAUAAAGUUAAGGAGCCACAAGUUGAAACUAUUGUCGAUACAUUAUGCUCAAAUAUGGUCAGCAACAAUGAACAAUUGAGAGAUAUAUCAAGUAUUGGCUUGAAAACUGUUAUCUCUGAGCUGCCACAGAAUAGUACAUCAAUUGUCCCGAAUGUUUGUCAGCGAAUCACAGGAAAGCUAUCAAAUGCUAUUAAAAUGGAUGAUGUUUCAGUACAAUUGGAAGCUCUCGAAAUUCUCGCUGACUUACUUUCUCGAUUUGGUGAUCUUCUUAUUCCUUUCCACGAAGUCAUUCUUCAGGCACUCGUUCCUCGUCUUGGCUCUGCUCGUCAAGCUGUUCGUAAACGUACAAUUACAGCUUUAUCGUACUUGAUGACAACAUGCAAUAACGAAUCAUAUAAUGAAGUCAUAUUGCAUUUAUUAAAUGGACUCGAAAAAUCUCAAAAUGCUGGAACAAUUCGUACAAAUAUUCAAUGUUUGGCAUCGAUUUGUCGUCAAGCUGGACAUCGUUUAUGUCACAUUGAUCGAGUUAUGCAAUUGUUGCUUAAUUAUAGUCAGCGUGAUGAUGACGAAUUGAGAGAGUUCUGUUUACAAGCCAGUGAAGCUUUCGUUCAGAGAUGUCCCGAUACAAUAAAACCACAUAUUCAAUCGAUCAUUACACUUUGCUUAAAAUACAUAACAUAUGAUCCAAAUUAUAAUUAUGAAGCUGAUGAUGGCGAAUCAGGAAUUUUAAUGGAAACAGAGGAUGAUGAUGACGAUGGAAGUGAAGAAUAUAGUGAUGAUGAUGAUAUGAGUUGGAAAGUAAGGCGUUCAGCCGCAAAAUGUUUAGAAUCAGUUAUUUCAACACGUCACGAAUUAUUAGAAGAGUUCUAUCAGACAUUAUCGCCAGCAUUAAUUGCUCGAUUUAAGGAACGCGAAGAAAAUGUCAAAUCGGAUAUAUUUCAUGCUUAUAUUGCACUAUUGAAAGCAACAAAGCCAGCAGAUGACAUUUCUAGAGAUCCCGAUGCAAUGGAUGAUGUUCCACGUUCUAUUCAGUUACUUCAAGAACAAGUUCCAAUUAUUGUGAAAGCUAUUCAACCAUUAAUGAGAGAAAAAUCGGUCAAGACUCGUCAAGAUUGUUUCUUACUUUUGCGUGAACUUUUAAAUGCUUUACCUGGCGCCCUGAGCAAUCACAUUGAUUCUUUAAUGCCAGGAAUUCAUUAUUCUCUUAAUGAUAAGAAUACAACAUCCAAUAUGAAGAUUGAUGCAUUAAUUUUUGUCCAUCACAUGCUGACCGGUCAUAAUCCACAAGUUUUUCACUCACACGUUCAGGUUCUUGUUCCAAUCAUCGUUAAUUCAGUCCAUGAUCCUUUUUAUAAAAUUGCGACUGAAGCACUAUCCGUUCUGCAGCAACUUGUUAAAGUUAUUCGACCUCUUGAUGUUCAAACCAAUUUGGAUUUUACACCGUAUGUUUCUCAACUCUAUGACUGUACUUUGCAAAAAUUGAAGGCACCAGAAGUUGAUCAGGAAGUUAAAGAACGAGCAAUCGCUUGUAUGGGACAAAUUAUAUCGAAUAUGGGUGAUGCAUUAAAUGCAGAGCUCCUCACAUGUUUGCCACUUUUUAUGGAACGAUUAUUGAACGAAGUAACUCGUUUAAGUUCAGUCAAGGCACUCACAAUGAUUGCAGCAUCUCCAUUGUGUAUUAACCUUACUCCCAUUUUGAAUGAAGUUAUUCCGGCGCUCGGGUCCUUCUUGCGUAAAAAUCAACGUGCAUUAAAAUUAAAUUCGUUAGCAUUGCUCGAGACACUCGUAAAUAAUUAUGCAAAUUGUUUUGAGCCAGUUUCAUUACUUCAAAUGGCAAUUGCUGAAUUACCCUCAUUGCUAAAUGAAACCGAUCUACAUGUCGCUCAAUUGUCUCUCGUUUUGCUAACAACGACAGCAAAGAAACAACCUCAAGCACUUUUUAAUGUUCACGCAGCAUUUAUGCCGGAGAUAAUGACAUUAGUAAAGUCACCAUUACUUCAAGGGACAGCUUUGACAUGUACAUUGAAUCUAUUUCAAGCUUUAGUUCAGGCAAAUUUGCCAGGAUUAACAUAUCGUCAUUUAUUGAACAUGCUAAUGCAACCUGUUAUGGAUUUACAACAACAUCAAUUACAUAAACAAGCUUAUCAUUCAUUGGCCAAAUGUAUAGCUGCAUUGACUUUACAAAUGCCAUCAGAAGCUGUUCCAAUUGCAAGCGAAUUUUUAAUGGGAAUCCAACAACGUCGCAGUGAUUAUCAUUUAAUAUUUUAUUUGCUGACAAUCGGUGAAAUCGGACGUUAUUUUAAUUUAAGUGCUAUUGAGGCAUUACCACAAACAAUUCUCACAUGCUUUGCAUCAUCCUCCGAAGACGUAAAGGCUGCAGCAAGUCACGCACUUGGUGCUGUUGCUGUUGGAAAUUUAAGUUAUUACUUACCAUUCAUCUUACAAGAGAUUGAAGCACAGCCAAAACGUCAAUAUCUUCUUUUACAUUCAUUAAAGGAAGUAAUUACAUCAUUGUCAACUUCAAAGCAAGGAUUGGAACAGUUAAUGCCAUCGGUUCCAAUAAUUUGGGCACAAAUGUUCAAGCAUUGUGAAUGUCCAGAAGAAGGAAGUCGAAACGUUGUUGCUGAGUGCUUAGGAAAGUUGGUCCUUGUUAAUCCAGAAGAACUAUUGCCACGUUUACAGCAAGCAUUAAAGAGUGAAAGUCCAUUGAUGAGAACAGCCGUUGUGUCUGCUGUUAAAUUUACAAUUUCUGAUCAACCACAGCCAAUCGAUUCACUUUUGCGACAGUCAAUUGGACAAUUCCUUUUUGCUUUACAAGAUCCAGAGCCUUCAGUUCGUCGUGUUGCUCUCGUCGCCUUCAAUUCAGCAGUUCACAAUAAGCCAAGUUUGGUACGCGAUUUAUUACCUGAAUUGCUACCACAAUUAUAUUCCGAAACAAGAGUAAAAAAAGAACUGAUUCGUGAGGUUGAAAUGGGUCCGUUUAAGCACACAGUAGACGAUGGACUAGACAUUCGUAAGGCAGCUUUUGAAUGCAUGUAUACAUUAUUGGAACAAGGCUUAGAUCGUGUGGACGUAAUGCAGUUUUUGGAAAAUGUCAUAGCUGGAUUAAGGGAUCAUUAUGAUAUUAAAAUGUUGACAUAUUUAAUGACUGCAAGAUUAGCACAUUCAUGUCCUGCUGCUGUUUUGCAACGAUUGGAUCAAUUUGUGGAACCUUUGCGAUCAACAUGCACAUUAAAAGUAAAACCUAAUUCAGUAAAACAGGAGUAUGAGAAGCAAGAUGAGCUGAAAAGAUCUGCAUUGCGUGCUGUUGCUGCAUUAUUACAAAUUCCAAAAGCUGAUAAAAAUCAACACCUCAAUGACUUCUUGACGUUAAUUAAAAACUCAAGUGAUCUUCAGCCACUGUUUGAAACGGUUCAACGUGAUACAAACUUGUUACUUCAUGGCACGGGGGACGGGCUGAUGGAUCAGAGUUAGAGUGCUAGGAAAAAAAUAAGACUUUUGUGAAUUACAGAGUUGAAUUGCUACAUUUCUCCUGUGCUGAUUUUUUAAUUCUUAUUUUUAAUUUGAACAAUGCUAUUUUUUUUACGAUCAAUCGUCAUUACUCUCAUUAAUAAUUAUUAUUUUUUAUUAUGAAAAAAAAAAACAUUAAACUGGCAUUUGAGAAAUGAUUGUUCUUAUAUUUUAAUUCAUGAUUAUGUAAACACACUGAUAAACACACUAAAAAUUUAAUGAAUAAAUAAAAUGAAGAGGAUCCGAUGAAUGUAAUUUGGGACAGAAUGAAUAUCCUCGAAAGCUGUGAAGCGUCUAAGAAAAUAAA